AUGGCCAUACCACCUGAACAGUACAGCUCAUCAUCACAGCUCGAUGCAGCAUCAUCGUCAUCGAGUGAUCCAGCGAAAGCAGAACAAAUCUACCGAGAUAUAUUGUCGAGGAAAGCAGUGGACGAAGAUGAACUCAGAGAUCAAGAGACAGCUCUGGUGAAGCUCGGUGCAUUAUAUAGAGAUCACAAUAAAGCACAAGAACUAGCUCAACUGGUGACGGAUUCAAGGACUUUCAUGUCACAAAUUGCUAAAGCUAAAACAGCAAAACUGAUUCGAACUCUCAUUGAUUAUUUCCCAUCUUCAUCAAGGGAUUUGCAAAUGAAAGUCACUAAUGAUAAUAUUACAUGGGCAAGAGAAGAGAAGAGAGUGUUCUUGAGACAAUCAUUAGAGAUUAAACUCAUUGGAUUACAACUCGACUCGGAACAGUAUAGAACAGCUUUAACGAUGAUUGAAACCUUACUCAAAGAAUUGAAACAAUUAGAUGACAAAAUAAUCUUAACAGAGGUUUACUUAUUAGAAUCUAGAGCCGCUCAUGCUAUAAACAAUUUACCCAGAGCCAAGACCGCACUUGCAUCAGCAAGAACUACAGCCAACUCAAUCUACUGUCCUCCUUUACUUCAAGCUCAACUAGAUCUACAAUCAGGUGCUAUAAUGGCAGAUGAUAAAGACUACAAAACCGGUUAUUCUUAUUUCUUCGAAGCCUUCGAAGGCUUCUCCCAAAUCGACGAAAAAGAUCCGAGAGCUUUAAGAGCGUUAAAGUACAUGUUGUUAUGUAAAAUCAUGAUGAGUUUGCCUGACGACGUUCCACCUUUACUUUUACUAAAGUCGGCAGCUCCUCACGCAGGAAAAGAUUUGGAGGCUAUGCGAGCAACUGCAAAGGCAUUAAAGGAGAGGAGUUUGGAGCUAUUCAAGACUGCUUUGAAAGAUUAUCAAGAGCAACUUCAACAAGACCCAUUGAUCAGAUCUCAUCUUUCACAUCUAUACGACACCUUGCUCGAGCAAAAUUUAAUCAGAGUUAUCGAACCUUAUUCCGCUGUUGAACUGUCUUGGAUAGCUCAAGAAGUAGGACAGGGCCUGCAAGUGGUUGAAGAGAAGUUGAGUCAAAUGAUCUUGGAUCAAGUAUUUUACGGUGUAUUAAAUGAGCAAGUCGGUACUCUGGAAGUCUACAAUGAACCUUCGGAAGAUCCAAUGUAUUCUACUGCUUUAGAUACAUUGAAACAAGUCGGUGACGUUGUGAAAUCCUUAUACGAUAAAGCUACAGGAGGUGCUUGA